AUGGGUUCAUUUUUUGAUGGCCUAUUUGGUGAUAUUUCUUUUAGGCGUUAUCCCAGUAUGAAACUUGAAGAAGGAGACAUUACUAUACCAAAGGUCUACCGACAUGUUCUAUCCUUGAUAUUUGCUGUGAAGGAGGUCAAUGAGAACCCCAACAUUCUACCAAAUAUCAGUCUUGGCUUCCACAUAUAUGACAGUUACAUGAAUAUAAGGAUGACUUCUCUGAAUACCCUGAAACUUCUAACCUGCCAAAACAAGAUGGUCUCCAAUUUCAAAUGUGGCAAGUCAAAGAAUCUGAUUGCUGUCAUUGGUGGUCUUACCUAUGAAAUAUCCCUUCAAAUGGCUAAUCUCUUAGAAAUCUACAAGGUGCCUCAGAUCCAUCCUUUCCUGAGAAGUAUCUCAUUUAACAACAGUGCUGGGGAUCUGGUGUCUUUUGAUGAAAAUGGUGAACUAGCAGCUGGAUUGGAUAUUGUCAACUGGGUUACUUUCCCCAAUCAGUCCUUCUUAAGAGUGAAAGUAGGCAGGAUGGAUCCACAGGCUUUACCAGGCAAUGAGUUGAGUGUUAACGUGGAGGCCAUCACCUGGCACAACACCUUUAAUCAGGUGAUGCCCCUUGCUGUGUGUAAUGACAACUGCCACACAGGCUACUACAAACAGAUGAAGGAGGAGGAACAAUUUUGUUGCUACAAUUGCGUUCCUUGUCCAGAAGGGAAGAUUUCUGACCAGAAAGAUAUGGAUGACUGUUUCAAAUGCCCAGAAGAUCAGUAUCCCAAUAUGAACAGAGAUCAAUGCCUUCCAAAAGCUCUAAACUUCCUCUCUUUCUCAGAACCUUUAGGGAUCACUUUGGUGUUCUUGGCACUGUCUUGUUCUCUGAUGACGUCUUUGGUGCUGGGAAUUUUCAUAAAGAACCAGGACACUCCCAUUGUCAAAGCCAACAAUCGGGAGCUUAGUUAUUCUCUACUAAUUUCCCUUGUGCUCUGCUUUCUUUGCUCCCUGCUAUUCAUUGGCAGGCCUCAGCCAGUGACCUGCUGCUUACGACAAAUUGCUUUUGGCAUCACCUUCUCAGUGGCUAUUUCUUGCGUGUUGGCAAAAACAGUCACUGUGGUGCUGGCUUUCAUGGCCACCAAUCCAGGGAGCAGGUUGAGGAAAUGGGCAGGGAAAAGACUCACAAACUCUAUUCUUUGUUGCUCCCUCAUUCAGGCCAUAAUUUGUGUCCUGUGGGUGUGUACUACUCCUCCAUUCCCAGAUCUUGACAUGCGUUCUCUCUCUGCAGAAAUCAUAAUAGAAUGCAACGAAGGAUCGGUACUUAUGUUUUAUAGUGUUCUGGGAUACCUGGGAUUUCUGGCUAUGGUCAGCUUCACUGUGGCUUUCCUAGCGAGGAAGUUGCCAGAUUCUUUCAACGAAGCCAAGUUCAUCACUUUCAGCAUGCUGGUCUUUUGCAGUGUUUGGUUUUCCUUUGUUCCGUCUUAUCUGAGUACAAAGGGGAAAUAUAUGGUGGCCGUGGAGAUCUUUGCCAUUUUGGCCUCUAGUGCAGGGUUAACAGGUUUUAUUUUUUUCCCCAAAUGCUAUAUAAUCGUUGUGAGGCCUGCCUUGAACAGCAAGGGGCAACUUAUGAAAAGAAAAAAGUAG